GUCUGUAAACUUCACUGGUGGAUGCAAAUUUGAGAGAAAACAAGAGAAGAGAAGAGAAGAGAAGAGAAGAGAAGAGAAGAGAAGAGAAGAGAAGAGAAGAGAAGAGAAGAGAAGAGAAGAGAAGAGAAGAGAAGAGAAGAGAUCUAUAUUUGGCUGUUUUGACUUUCAUUAUUCAGAUCUGGGCAGUGUUUUCGUCUUUCCCAUGGCGGGCAGGUGGAACCUCCUGUUACUGGCUCUGUACCUCUCCCUCGUCACGGUCCUGUCAAUAGACUGUCCUGACGGAUUUGGUGUUAGGAAGGGAAAAUGCAUUGAUGUUGAUGAAUGUGACGGCUAUCAAGAUGGUGAAAUUGGGCCAUGUGGAAAUAAUACUAUCUGUCUCAACACAAACGGCAGCUUCUACUGCCAGUGUGUUGAUGGUUACAUGUCAACAACACAGACUGUGAAUUUCACCGCUGGAAAACCUGGGAUAUGUAUAGAUUUUGAUGAAUGUGCCGGCUAUGAAGAUGGUAAAAUUGGGCCAUGUGGAGAGAAUGCAGUCUGUCACAACUCAAUCGGCAGCUUCUACUGCCAGUGUGUUGAUGGUUACAUGUCAACAACACAGACUGGCAACACUAAAAUGGCAUUUCAGAACGGUGACAACGUUACAUGCAUAGAUAUUGAUGAGUGUCAAGAGGAAAAUGUUUGUGGGCAGAAUGCAAAAUGCAUCAACACACUGGGCAGUUAUUACUGUCUCUGCAAUAACGGCUUUGGACUGAAAUCCGGAAAACUCAACUUCACUGGGAGACAGGAGCAAUGCGAAGACAUAUGUAUGAUUGAUAAGACAAUCUGCGGAAAUGGAACCUGUCACCGUGGAGCCAGCGGCCAUUACUGUGCAUGCCAUGCAGGGUUCACUAACUAUGGCAACAAGGAGUAUCGUUGCACUGAGUUAAUCUGCGAUACAUUCAAAGAAAUGGAUGAUGUGAAACUCCAGACAUUUCACACUGCACGUGAUCUUCUGACACAGUUGAACAACAGCUGUCAGGAGAUUACAAAGAGUGAGAAUUCAACAUUGAACUUGGAUGGAAACAAACUACUUGAGAGACUUUUGUCUGCAAUCGACGAGCUCUUGUCUAGUGGAGCCUUCAACGAUAACAAGAAAGUCUCCACCUUUUUUGACAUAGUGGAAAAUGCACUGAGACUGAUCGGACCCUUAAUUAAGCCCCCCAGGAAAAUAAAACUCUCUGCUUACACAGAUCUGGAGCUGUUGGUACAUAAUCUGCCAUUCCCCAAGGGAGCUGUGUCUUUAUCAUCAUCAUCUAAUCAAACCCGUGUGAGUAUGCAGUGGGAGACAGUUGCAGGAGAUCCCUCCCGUUACCCAGGCUUUGCAGCAGUGUCCUUGCUGAGCUAUGCAAACCUGAAUGACUCUGCAAAUGGCUUUUUUCAAGGGGUCACACGAGAAAAAGGCAUAAAGGGCUUUAAGAUCAACUCCAAAAUCAUAACUGUCACUGUCAGUAACACAAACACCAGCCACCUAGAAGAGCCAGUCCAAAUAACUUUCUACCAUCUGAAUCAGGCAGAUAAAAAUAACCACACCUGUGUUUUCUGGGAUUCCUCGUUGGAUGAAGGCUCAUGGUCUGAUAAAGGUUGCUAUGUGAAGGAGUCCAACUUUGAAUACACUGUGUGUUCCUGCCACCAUCUGAGCAGCUUUGCCGUGCUUAUGGAUCUCUAUGAGAUUGAGAACAAGUCUGAGUUGCAGCUGAUCACCUGGGUGGGUCUGUCCCUUUCACUAGUUUGCCUGUUCAUUUGCAUCCUGACGUUCUCACUCAUCCGCUCCAUCCAGAGCCCAAGAACCACCAUCCACCUGCACCUCUGCAUCACCCUCUUCAUUGCCAACCUCAUCUUCCUUGCUGGCAUCUCUCAGACACAGAACAAGGUUGGCUGUGCAGUGGUAGCAGGGCUGCUACACUUCUUUUGCCUGGCAGCAUUUUGCUGGAUGUGUCUGGAGGGCAUACAACUCUUCAGGAUGGUAGUCCUGGUAUUUAACACCAACUUCAAAACCCUCUACAUGAUGGCAGGUGGCUAUGGAGUCCCAGCUGUUAUUGUCGCUAUCUCUGCUUUGUCCAAUGCCAAAGGAUAUGGCACUGAGAAACAUUGCUGGUUAGACCUGAAAUUAAUUUGGACUUUUUUUGGCCCUGUCUGUGUCAUCAUUGUUGUAAACAUUGUCUUCUUUCUCAUCACUGUGUGGAAGUUGGAACAGAAGUUCUCAAGUUUAAAUCCUGAUCUGCAAAGCCUGCAGAAAAUAAAGGCGUUCAUCAUUACUGCAGUGGCUCAGCUCUGUGUGCUGGGCAUCAUGUGGAUCUUUGGUUGUUUCCAGUUUGAGGAGGGCACCAUAGUCAUGUCUUACUUUUUCACCAUCUUUGGCAGUUUUCAGGGGGUUCUGCUCUUCGUCAUGCACUGUCUGUUUUCUAAACAGGUGAGGGAUGAGUAUGGAAGCAUCCUGUCCAGAUUAUGUACACCUCAAAAGAAGAGAUAUUCAGAUGUCAGUUACUCCAGCAAAGCUCCGGCAUCCAAGAGCUCCCAGGACACAGGGGAGUCUCAUAUCUGAGGAGCUAAACGGCGACUUGUAGGCAAAGUCUGCCAUUUCAGGCAUACAGUGAACUGCUGUCCUCCCGUUAGCAGUCAAUGCACCAAUUAGCUUUUCUGUAAAAUGCUAUAAACAUUGUCAUUCUUUACUGUGCCUAUAUAAGCUAAAGCUACUGAAAUGAAACUGUUGCUCAUUACAAUUUCAAAAGCAUGAAGGGUUUCAUUUAAAACAAGAAAAUCAGAUGUGAAAUUUGACAGCAUAAUACAGAUUUGUAUGUCAUUAUUAUUAUGCAAAGCUUGUAAGAUGACCUAUAACGUAACAUAAGUUUCAUUCCAACAUUUAUUUUAUUGAAGUAUUUAUGUCAUUUUGGAGAAAGAAAUCUCCAAAUGUUUUUUUUUUUCAUUUGUUGAAAAACAUUGAACCAACUUUGGACAAAAAUAUGAAAAUCAUAAAUGAUAUGAUGAGGACCUGUUUUAUCAGGUAAAUCUAAUAUUGCUUGUUGUGUCAUUCAGGUACUUUUCCAAUCAGCAAAGACAAUCUGAAAGAUGAGAUUUCUGAGGCAAGCACUUUUUUCUGUAUAACCUUUCACCAUGUCCUAACAGUAUCUGAAUAUUACCAACAAAAAGGGGGGCAGUUAUCAAUCAAUCAAUCAAUGGCUUUAUUUGUCACUGUACCGAAAUACAACGAAAUUACAGCAAUCAUCCCGUCCGUACAUAAUACAACAUACAAUACAUAUAUUAAGACAGACAUAACCCGAUGACUGAGCUUUUUUUUAAAGAGACAGAGAUGGAUUUUAAAUGCAUAUCUGUGUAUAUAUUGCUAUGCAAUUCAAUAUAUGUUAAUAAGUUACUGCAUUUCUGCUCAAUUUAUGGUACUGCAACAUUUGAAAUGUAUAUAGAGGGGUUUUUAUUUACGUACUGUAAGUUCAGAUCAUAAAUGUCUCAAAACUGGACUUUUUAUCCAUUGAAGUAUUGUUAUAAGCACUGAUAAGCACAUGUGUGAGUUUUCCCAAGGAGGUCUGUUUUUUUACAGUUAAAAAUUUUUUUUUGUCUUUGGUGUGAAUUAUUCUGCACAGAGGGGUUUUGUGUUUUCCAAGUUGUUAUUUUUUUACUUUAUUGCUUGAAAUUUGAACAUAAUAAAUAUUCUGAUGUACCUCAUGUUUAAAGGCUCCUUGAAAAGAUCCUCCCACCACUCGCCAUGAAAUAUAUUUAAUAUAGGUGAUAAAUUGUUGUGGGCAGCUUAAGAAAACAGGUUUUUUUUUAAGUUCUUCAGAUUUUAAAUGUGCUACAUUUAGCAGAAAAUGUGGGCUGUGAUAAGAUAACGUUAAAAAAAUAAAAGUCACUGCCA